AUGUCUUCUAUCACGGCUGAUCAGUGGCUCGAAGCCGCGGCUUAUCGUCGCAGUGUACAUGGACUAGCAGGAACAUCCAAGGUCUCGGACGAACGUAUCCAAGAGAUUGUCUCCAAAGUCCUCUCCUUCGCCCCUUCGUCUUACAACACUCAGCCUGUCCGCAUUUCACUCGCUUUGGGGGAGAAGCAUAAGGAGCUCUGGGGCAUUAUUCUCAAGGAGGCUGAGCCGAUUCUCAAGUCGAUCAAUCCAAAUCUCUGGCACAAGUUGGGCCCCAUGUUCCAAACUCACAAGGCUGCAUAUGGAUCCAUCAUUUUUUGGGAGCGUGGCCAGACUACCCAAGAGGCUGCAGAGACACAUAAGGCGACCGGCCAUAUGUUUGCCGAGUGGGGUGACCACACUCAAGGCAUCCACCAGAUUCUUGUCUGGACUGCUCUGGAACUGGAAGGAGUUGGCGCCAACCUGCAGCACAUGAACGCUAUUCCGCCCAUCGAGGCAGCCAUCAAGAAAUUCGCGGGUGUUCCCGAGGAUUACAAACUGAAGGCCCACUUGAACUAUGGAGAUGAGCAAGCCGCUCAUCCCGAGAAACCCAAGAAAUUGCCCAUCGACGAGACACUGACAAUACUCUAA